GUAUCUAUAGGUAAUUAAUUUUUUUAGGAAAAUGAGGGAGUGCAUAAGUGUACAUGUUGGUCAAGCAGGAGUUCAAAUCGGGAACUCCUGCUGGGAAUUGUACUGCCUGGAACACGGUAUCCAGCCUGACGGUCAAAUGCUCAGUAAUCAAGCCUCCACAAGCAGUGGCGAUGACAGCUUCCACACUUUUUUCAGUGACACCAGGAAUGGAAAGUACGUCCCCAGAGCCAUUAUGGUUGACUUGGAACCCUCAGUUGUCGACGAAAUAAGGAACGGAAAAUACAGACAACUGUUCCACCCAGAACAACUGAUUACUGGAAAAGAAGAUGCAGCAAACAAUUACGCCAGAGGUCACUAUACCAUUGGAAAGGAACAUGUUGAUUCUGUUUUGGAUCGCGUUCGAAAGCUUGCUGACCAAUGUACUGGCCUUCAGGGAUUUCUUAUUUUCCACAGUUUUGGAGGUGGUACUGGUUCAGGAUUUACAUCUUUACUAAUGGAGCGUUUGUCUGUUGACUACGGAAAAAAAGCAAAGUUGGAAUUCGCAGUUUACCCAGCUCCACAGGUAUCAACUGCUGUCGUAGAGCCUUACAAUUCUGUUCUGACGACACACACCACUCUGGAGCAUUCAGACUGCGCCUUCAUGGUGGAUAACGAGGCCAUCUACAACAUCUGCCACAAGAACCUGGGUGUGGAUAGGCCAUCUUACACGAAUCUCAACAGGCUCAUUGGGCAGGUAGUGUCAUCCAUAACAGCUUCGCUCAGGUUCGACGGAGCCCUGAAUGUUGACCUGACAGAGUUUCAAACAAAUCUCGUACCUUAUCCCAGGAUCCAUUUUCCAUUGGUAACCUAUGCUCCCAUUAUUUCUGCGGAAAAAGCGUACCACGAACAGUUUACAGUAGGGGAUAUUACAAAUUCCUGCUUUGAGCCUGAAAAUCAGAUGGUGAAGUGUGAUCCACGGCAUGGAAAAUACAUGGCUUGCUGUCUUCUGUAUCGGGGAGACGUCGUACCAAAAGAUGUCAAUGCUGCUAUUUCAGCCAUCAAAACAAAGCGUUCUAUCCAGUUUGUAGAUUGGUGCCCCACCGGUUUUAAGGUCGGCAUAAACUAUCAAGCUCCAACAACUGUUCCAGACGGUGAUCUCGCCAAAGUGCAGAGAGCGGUGUGCAUGAUCUCUAACACGACAGCCAUCGCUGAAGCAUGGGCUCGUCUUAAUCACAAGUUCGAUCUGAUGUACGCCAAGAGAGCUUUUGUUCACUGGUAUGUUGGCGAAGGUAUGGAGGAAGGAGAAUUUUCAGAGGCCAGAGAAGAUCUCGCAGCUUUGGAGAAAGACUACGAAGAAGUUGGACUCGAUAGCGUUACCGAACCAAUAUCAGAUACUGAAGAUGAGUUUUGAUAAUCUGUGUUUGUUUCAAGUUUUAUUGAUACUUUAUUGGAGUUUUGAGUUCUGUUCUUGAAUAAAAAAAAAUAAAAAAACUUACAAUUUG